AUGUUUGCUGCCGUACGCAGUGUACUGGACACGCAACAGCAGCGACAACAACAGCAUUUCCACCAGCAGCAACAGCAGCAGCUGCAACAGCAACUGCAGCAGCUGCAACGGCUAGAUCUUCACGGCAGUGUCUACCAUUGCCUCACCGAAGACGCAGCAACGAAGUCUCCAUACAAACGCCCAGCUGCAGUGCAGCAGCAGCAGCCUCCACCCAUCAGCAGCAGAGCAUUGGUUUCGCUUGCUGAGUAUUACACGACCCGCGUGGCCUCGCUGGAGCUGCGGGCGACAGCAGAAGCAGAGGCCCGGUUAUCGGCAGAGAGAACUGCAGCAUUUGCUGCUGAUCGCUCCUUCUUUCUGCUGCAGCAGCUGCAGCAGUUCAGCAACAAGCAGAAGCAGCUGCAGCAGCAGCAACAACAGCAGCAGCAAAGCCUGCAGAUGCUGAUGCAACAGAAACAGCAGCAAGAUGAUGAAAUAAGAAACCUACGUAUGGCGCUGCACAAGCAGUCAAAUGUGCUGCAGCAGCUAAUGGCCCUUAUAAAGGAACAUGCAGCAGCAGCAGCGGCGGCUGCUGCUUCUGCUUCAACAGCAGCAGAGGAGGAAGGAGCAGAGGAGUCGGCGAAGCCUGCAGCUGCUGCUGCAGUUGCUGCAGCAGCGGCUGCAGCGACGCUGCAGACCGAAGCAGCGAAGCUGCAAGUGACAGAAGGUCAUUCAGACGGCGAAACCAGCAGCAGCAGCAGCAGCAGCAGCGAGCAGCCGGCAGCAGCAGCAGAAGCGGCAACGACUCCUGCAGCAGAGGAAGAGAACGAGGUGCUGGCAGUCCGUGAGCGACAGCUCGAGAGACUGGCGAAGGAACUCGAUCAGCAGCACCUUCUCUGCAUAGCACAGGCACGGCUUCUAGGGCUUAGGGGAGAGGAGAUCCAGCGACUGCUGGGCGAGACAGAGUGCGAGCAGCGGCGGCGGCGGGAGGCCGAGAAAGCAGCAGAAAGAGAAAGGAAAAAGAGAGAGGAGCUACAGACACAGCUCAAGAUGACUGACAAAUCGAGCCGCUACAAAUCGCAGUUCAGCAGCAGCAGCGUCCCUGUGGCCUUGCGUCUGUCUCACAGCCAGAGCCUUAGCAGCAGCAGCAGCAGCAGCAACAGCGCCAGCAUGAGCAAAGAGCUCGAAGAGCUGCUGCAGACUGCAAGGCAGCAGCAGGCAGCGGAAGCCCAAAAGCGGCUGCUGCUGCUGCAGCAGCAGGAGCAGCAGCGGCAACUGCUGCAGCAAAUGGCUGGACACUGCAGAUACACCUUGCUGCAGCAACCCACGACAACUGAAACUGCUGCAGCAGCAACAGCAGCAAAUGCAGCAACUGCCGAGGCCGCAGGCGACACAGAAGCAGCACCAGCAACUGCAGACACAACAGGCCCAAGCGCAGCAGCAGCAGCAGCAAACACAGCAACAGCAGGGGACGACAGGCAACCGGUUGCCGAUGCAUCAGAAGCUCUCCAGCCGCAGCCCCAACAGGAACAGCAGCAGCCGUCGCUGCUGCAGCAACAGCAGCAGCUGUUGCAGCAACAGCAGCAGCAGCAAAAGCAGCAACAGCGGCAGCAGCUUGUGCAGGCAGAUUUGUAUUCCCUGUGGUCUGCAGCUCCAGAAGAGCCAGUGGAUGUACAGCUACACCUGGACUCGCUGGAGGAUGCAGCAGCAGCACUUCACAACAGCAGCAGCAACAGGAGCAGCAGGAACAGCAGCAAUGAGAUCGCCUGCACCAACAGCUUCGAGGGGCUUCGUCACAGUCGCAACGAAACGGCAGCAGCAACGGCAGCAGCAACAGCAGCAGCAACAGCAGCAGCAGCAGCAGCGGCAACUGCUGCGGAGACGAUCCCCUGA